UAAGGAUCCAAAUUUGUUUGCUUUAUUAAAUGGAUACAGUUCUCAUUUCUACGAGUGUCUUAACACUGUAAUGUCAAGAUAUUAGAACAGAAAAAUGGCCAAAUCAAAAAUCGCGAAACGAGAAGAAGUACGUCUAAAAGAAGAACUGCAAACAAAAGAAGGAGAUAUCCCAGUACCUACUCCUCCAGAUGGAGGAUAUGGAUGGGUUAUAGUAUUCGCUUCGUUUAUAUGUAAUACAGUAGGAGAUGGAAUUGCGUUUGCCUUCGGUCUUGUACUACCUUAUCUUGUAGAAUAUUACGGCGAAUCUAAAGGAAAAACGGCAUGGGUAGGAUCUAUUCUGACAGGAUUCCAAAUGGGGGCAGGACCUUUAGUUAGUGCAGUAGCUAAUAAAUAUGGAUGUCGUACUGCUUGUUUAAUAGGUUGUUUUUUGGCUUCCAGUUCUGUAGCUCUCUCAACUAUAUGUCCUUCUAUACCAGUUAUGAUGUUAGUUUACGGAUGCUUCGGAGGAAUAGGCUUCAGUUUUAUCUACAUACCAGCCGUGGUAAUGGUUGGAUAUUAUUUCGAAACGAAAAGAUCAUUAGCUACCGGUUUAGCUGUUUGUGGAACUGGAGUCGGAGCUUUCGCUUUGGCUCCUCUGGUAACUUCAUUAUUAAAAAACUAUGGAUGGAAAACUACCAAUUUUUGUUUGGCUGGAAUCACGUUAAGCUGCUCGAUAUUUGCCAUGCUGAUGAAGCCUUUGGUUUAUGAAAACAAGAAUGUAACUGUCGAAGAUGUACUGAGAGUACGAACUAGUGAGGGAAAUGUAUCAAACCCAGCAGUAUACAAUUCUACACUUUCUAUAACAAAGAGGAAAGGAAGCGUAAGCUUACAGCCUCUUUCAAGAAAGGACGUUCUAUAUACAGGAUCUGUACAGAAUCUCAAAGAAUUUCAAUCUAGAGCCUCGUUGGCCGAUUACAGACAUAGUGUCCACAGUAUUCAGAGGAUAAAAAAGCAAAAACCAAAAUCUGAAAAUUGUUGCAGUUUAUCCGAAUUAGCUGGUCUAGUAGAUGUUAGUUUAUUAAAAGAUGCAACUUUCUUAAUACUAGCUGCUGCUACAGUGUUUGUCAUGAUAGCGUUUUACAUUCCUCUAGUAUUUCUAAUCGAACUAGGGAAAACAAAAGGUAUAGAUGAAACUCAAGGAUCAAUGUUUAUAUCAAUAAUAGGCAUCACCAAUAUAAUUGGACGUAUUGGUGUUGGAUUCAUAGCAGAUUUUCCCAGCGUUAAUAAUUUACUUGUUAAUAACAUUUGCCUAGUAAUGGGAGCUGUUUCGGUAGCAUUGAUGCCACUAUGUCCAAACUUUACAACUCUAGCAGUUGCAUCUCUCUUCUUUGGAUUCGCCACAGCUGGAUAUAUGUCGCUGACGUCCAUAAUUUUAGUGGAGUACUUAGGACUGGAUAAACUUACAAACGCUUUCGGAAUGUUGAUGAUGUUUAGAGGAGUAGCGGCAGCUAUCGGUUCCCCCAUAGCAGGAACCUUGUACGAUAUCACGAAUACAUACAGUAUACCAUUUUUUGUCGGUGGUGCGGGUUUCGCUAUUGCAGCUUUUAUCAGUAUGUUGACUCCUUGCGUCAGAAAAAAAACAGAGGAACUUAACGAUUUCGAUGGAGAAGCUUUAACACCAAUUAACGCGAAAAAUAGGAAUAAUUUCUAACAUAGUAUUUGAUUUUUUUCCAUUCAUUUGUUUUUGAGUACAUUAUGGUCUUAUCAACUAGUGAAUAAUUAAUUUGACAACAGCUGUUUUGUCAGAAACGGUUUUAUUUACUUAGGAAAUUCGUGAAAUCUUUAUUAACAGUCAUUUUUGUAAAUAUUUAUCAAUUUAAAUGAUUGUAUCUUCAAAAUCAUAUAUAAAAAAUAAGAUUAGGAAUUUUUUUACUUGUCAAUCGAAAUACUAAAGGUUAUUGACAUAGAAAAGGUCACGGCUCAAGUCUGAUUUGAUGAUAACUUUUACACACAUUUUGACCUAUAUCAAGAUUCCUAUUUUAUCCAUUUCGAAAUCGAUAAUACAGAAUAAUGUAAAACAUAUUGGAAAAUAUAGAAAUCUUCAAAAUUUCACCCAAUCUACACAGAGUCAUCUACUGGAUAUACUUAUUAACAUAGAAACGAAUGUUAAUUCCAAAAGGUAACUGCCCACGUCGUAUCGGAUGAAAAUAAAAAUUUCUGUUUUAUCAUUUGCAGAAAAGAUAAUACAGAAUACUGUAAAGCUUAUGGAAAAAUAUAGAAAUCUUCUAAAUUUUACUCCAUCGAUUCAAAGCAACGUUUUUGUUGCUGGAAUAUCAUUAAUGGAAGUUUCCGCUGGAACUCGGAUGCAAAUCGCAUGCAAUUUUUGAUUAUAGAGGGUGAAGUAUCUGUUUAUAUAUAGAAAUGUCUGUCAAAAAGUGUUAAACGGAGAUGGCGCCACAUUAGCAGCAGGGAAAAUUACUUUUAGGUUAUGUUCUUUACAUUAUUUCGUACAACGUAAGUUGCUGACAUUUUUAACAAUGAACUGCUUGAGGAAAAAUUGAUAUUUUCAUUUUUUUUAACAAGACACACCUCAGUUCAUCUACAAUUGCUAUAUUAUAUGUUAUUUAUGGUAUACAGCUGGACAGUUUUUCAGCUUCUUUAUCAUAAGAGAUAUUCCUCCAUUUCUCUACUCUCCAAACGCAAAUUUUUAUGUAUUAGGUAAUUUGAAAAAAAUAGAUGUUUAUGUCAAAAUGGCGGAUGUGGGUUAAGCGAUAGAUUCCUAUGUACCCGUGUUAGCUUUUCUUUGUUUUUCCGAUAGUAUUUUUAUGGUGCUAAGAAGAUUCCAUAGAUACUUUUUAGAUUUGCUUCAAUGAAACUAAUACAGCUGGAACUGAGUAUUUUUACAGUUUUAAGUCAGUCUGCAACCAAGGUUUCAAGCAAUUUACAAUAUUUAGAACACUCACGUUUAUUUUGUGUGCAAAUUACGGGAUUGUUUUGGAAAAUUACUUCCACUGUAGCGUCCAAAUAAGUACUUUUCAAGGUAGCAAAGUGACAAUCCAAUAGCAGCGGAAAGCUUUAGGUUAAUUUAACCCUUUCACAUUAUAUAAAAAGAGCUUUAGUAAGAAUCCUGUUCAUUUUUCGAUAUAUUAGCUUUUCACAUUAUUUUUACGCUAAAUAGCUUCGCAAACCACACGGCAACAGCAUUUGUUUACCCCACGGCGGCUAUUUUUAAUUGAACAUCAGCUGAUUCGAAUAAUUCGUUAGUUUAUAUAAUUAUAUACCAAUGUUAUUCUUCUUUUUCCUAUGACUUAUCUUUUACGUAUUCGUUCAAAUUACGAAGUUGGCGACAUCUGUUGAAUUUCUUUCAAACUUUAAUAGAGGUGAACAAUAAAGCCAGAAUACGAACCAGUUUUGUUGUUUUAUAGAUAAUAUUCCUGUUUAAAGUGACCAAUAAAAUUCUUGUACACAUUUUUAGUAGUUUCGUUUAGAUAUUUAGGUCUCUUCCUCUCGUACUUAGAUGAACAAAUGCAUUUCAAAUAUUUCACAGCAUCAUUCAGAUUAAUUGUGAUCUUAUGUGGCUGGGAAGUUAGACCCGACGUCUAUAGACACAAGCUUUGAAGGUUUUUGUUCCUUUUAGGCCACAAAGUACUAUAUGUCCCGUUUUAUAAACCGUUUCGUCUUCUUUUAGUGGUCUGCUCCUAACUCCAAUAUAUUCAAAGAUUCAAUUUUCGUCAUUUUUAGACACAACUUUUUGUUGUAACCACACAAACACGUUUUGGAAAUUGCAAAAAAUGAAGAAAAUCCUGUCAAACACAGCAUCGGACACCCUUACUGUUUGUUUUGUUGUUUAUCGUUAUAAAAGGCAUCAUUCCGCGCCAUCUAGUGUCAAGCGAUUUUCGCCAAAAUGGCCACGCAGUUAUUCAAUAUAAAAGUACGUCAAGUUUAUACAAUGAACGUGCCAUAUACUAGUUUUUGUACAUUUUCGAUUUGUAAAAUUCAUUUCAAACAAAACAUUUGCAAAUACUAGAUUAUUCAUCUCGUUUUAUGGGUUUUUGGGCCGAAAAAAUACAAAUACUUUCAACAAGACCUUUAUUUUGUGAUUUCGGUGAAAUGAUAUGUUUUAAUGAAGGCGUUUUGUCAAUACAAUGAAGUUUUUAAUACUACCAAUUAUUUCCAUAUGCACACAUGAUAUUAACGAUAAAUUAUCAUUUAAUUUUAAGUUAAAAACAUCUAAGAAGCUUCACAUAUAUUUUGAUAUUUUGAAAUAUACACAAAAAUAUUUUUUCAACAACAUAUCGGUCAUCAUUAUAACUAAAUUAAUUCAUUGUGUAGUUUAAAAAAAUAAUUUUUUAUUGUGUAUAAAAAUAUUCACCUCGUAAUAUGUAAUAACAAUUUCAUUAUAACUUUUAUUGUUAAUAAUCAUUUGUAUAUUAAUGUUUGUUUAGACUAGAUCAAUAUUUUUAGUUUUUAAAAAGUUUUUUCGGUAAAAAAAACCUUCUAGAGACUUUACAUUUAUUAUAUAAUAUCAUCUGUUACAUAUCUUUCAAAGUUGUAAUAUAUUUGACACUAAAUAUAUAAUCUAUAAAACUACCA